UCGCUACUUUGUAAAAUGUUUCGCCAUUGUGUGCGCGGCGCUUUGCGCGGAAAUCGCAAUUUCCUUCGCUUGUACUCGAAGGACGUGCGCUUCGGUAAUGAGGCGCGUUCGAUGAUGAUCCGAGGCGUGGAUCUGCUGGCGGAUGCCGUGGCCGUGACCAUGGGUCCCAAGGGACGCAGCGUGAUCGUGGAGCGCCCCUGGACCUCGCCGAAGAUCACCAAGGACGGCUAUACGGUGGCCCGUGCGAUUGCGCUGAAGGACCAGCACAUGAACAUGGGCGCCCGGCUGGUGCAGGAUGUGGCCGACAACACCAACAAAGCGGCCGGGGAUGGCACCACCACUGCCACAGUGCUGGCCAGGGCCAUCGUCAAGGCGGGGUUCCAGCAGUUCUCCAAAGGUGGAAAUCCUCUGGAGGUCCGAGCAGGCGUGCUGAUGGCCGUGGAGGCCGUGAAGGAGCAGCUCAAGCAGAUGUCACGACCGGUGGAGACGCGCCAGGAGAUCGAGCAGGUGGCCACCAUCUCGGCGAAUGGCGAAGCUGGGAUCGGGCGCCUGAUCGCUGAGGCCACGGACCGCGUGGGACCCAAGGGAACGAUCACCGUGAAGGAGGGCAAGCGCCUCAAGGACGAGCUGGAUGUCAUCCAGGGACUGCGCUUCGAGACUGGCUACCUGUCGCCCUUCUUCGUGAACACCCCCAAGGGCAAGGUGGAGUUCGCCAACGCCCUGGUGCUGAUCUGUCUCAAGAAGAUCACCUCGCUCUCGCAGAUCCUCAGGGGUCUGGAGCAGUCGCUGCGCAAGCGCCGACCCCUCAUCAUCAUCGCCGAGGACAUCAGCGGAGAGGCCAUGAACGCCCUUGUUCUCAACAAAAUCAAGCUGGAUCUCCAGAUCUGUGCCGUGAAGUCCCCGAGCUACGGCAACCAGCGCAAAGAGCUGCUCGGGGACAUCGCAGCCGCCACGGGAGCCACAAUCUUCGGAGAUGACGUCAACUUCCUUAAGAUCGAGGAUGCCAAGCUGGAGGAUAUGGGCGAGGUGGGCGAGGCCAUCAUCACCAAGGACAGCACCAUGCUGCUCCAUGGAAAGGCCCGUCCCGAAAUGCUCAAGAUGCGCAUCGAGCAGAUCCAGGACGAGCUCCAGGACCCGAAGACCAAGGCCGAACAGUCCGAUCGUGUACGUCAGCGCCUCUCAGCCCUGACCAAGGGCGUGGCCGUGCUCCAUAUCGGCGGCAGCAGCGAGGUGGAGGUCAGCGAGAAGAAAGACCGCGUCACCGACGCCCUCAACGCUACGCGUGCGGCCAUCGAGGAGGGGAUUGUGCCCGGCGGCGGCACCGCCUUCCUCCGCUGUAUUCCCCAUCUGGAGGGACUGAAGCCGGCGAACAAGGACCACCAGAAGGGAAUCGAUAUCGUCUGCCAGGCCCUGCGCAUGCCCAGCUUCACCAUUGCCCAUAAUGCCGGAGUGGAUGCCGGCACGGUGGUGGCCCAGGUGUUGAACGGCACCGGGGACUACGGCUACGAUGCCAUGCAGAAUGAGUACGGAUCGCUGUUGGAGAAGGGCAUCAUCGAUCCCACCAAAGUGCUGCGCACAGCCAUCUCGGACGCCGCCGGUGUGGCCUCACUUUUGGGCACCACCGAGGUGGUCAUCACCGAUGUCCGAAACUCAGAUCUGCUCGCCAAACUUGCCGGAUCCGGAGGAAUGGGAGGCAUGGACGAUAUGGGCGGAAUGUCCGAAAUGGAUGCAUUGUCUGCUCUCAGCGGAAUGGGUGGCAUGGGAGGUAUGCCUGGAAUGGAUGGCAUGGCCGGACUCGGAGACAUGGGCGGCGAUGGUGGUUCCUCGACAAGUGCUGCCGAGAUGAACGAAAUGGUCAAGAGCAUGCCCGGCAUGGAGAACGUCGAGGUGCAGGACAUCGAUGCCAGCAUGAUGCAGUAGUCCCCCCAACGAUUCUAUCCCCCAAAGCCCCAUCAAAAUUACACCACACCGUCAUUAGAUUGUAUACAGUGUUACGUUCAAAUGUUUGCCAAUAUUCCCAACAUUCGAAAUAUAUAAAUUGUGAAUAGUG